AUGGAUGGAGUCAGCAAAGUUUCUUCAGGUGUGGCUUUGCCAUAUGGAGAAAUAUGCCGUUUUCUGUUAUUUCUACCUCUGCUGGUCUUACCUUUGGUCAGUGCACAGGCUUACGGUAAAUCGGGAUCACAAACUGUGGAUGGUCGAUUCGACCUACGUGGAAGAAUCGAUGGCACAGACACGCAGCUACCUGUGUGUAACCUUACUGUAAACUCAUCUGAUGCCAGAACGUUUGCACGUGAUUGCAUACGAAGAAAGGCGAGUUUUGUUUUCUUUACACUAAAAUUCGAGAGCAAUAUUUCAGUGAUAGAGAAACACAAUUUGUUCUAUCCGUACUCUUGGAUAUGGACAUCGAAUUCGUCGAAUGGUUCUUUUCCAUUCCUAAGCUUUGACUACGACUUCAUACAUCUAUCUCUUGGACUUCUGAAGCACUACGUUCUUGAUGUACAGCUAACACUUAAAGCCGAAGAAGACAACUGUUCUCUGCAGUUAGGAAAGCAUUCUACAACGCUGGCAAUUGCAAAGGCUCUGGGCAGAAUGGUAAAACAGAAUUUACCACCAACCAAUGGAUGGAACGCCAGUGUGUUUUGCUACAAAAAACAUACCCGUCUGCAACCAAGUGAAAAGGCACUGUACCAUUUCUUAACAUACUUUGGUUACUGGAAGGACCUCACCAUCUAUUCAUGUUGCCGAUUUAAGAAAAAGGACAUGGACAUAGCGUGCGAUAUCAGCGAGAUUCCCCUAUCUGCGUGGUCAACCUUCAUUUACUUCAUCGGGUUGCUCUGCUUCAUGUACGUACCCAUACCGUUGUCAAAGUUUGGUGACUAUGUCCUUGUGCCUCAUGGAACAGUAGACUCGUCGGAUUUUCUACAUCCGAGCGAUUUUGACAAUGAGGAGACACCGUUGCUAAGGAAAGCUAAUCGCUCUAGGAUCCGCUCUUACCAACGUAUGGCCUCCCGCGGGGACAACUGGAUAUUUCUGGGAGUUCAUAAGCCGGUGACUUGGUCCUCUUUACUCGGGACACCUCUCAGGUGUGUCAGACAAAGAUUUCCCGUGUUGAUAUCAAGGCUGUGCAAAAUGUUUAUAUUUUCAGUGUUGAUUCCAUUACCUAUCUACGUAAAAAUUAUUUAUUACACGCUGUCCGCGCAAAGUACCAUUACUGAACGUAUAAGGGUCAAAAUUCCAGUUGGAUUUCUGAGUCUACCGUACGGGUUUUCGGCAAGUCACAGCAACUGGUUGACACAUUUUGGCGGACCGAUGGUUGUGCUUGGAAUUUAUUUCACAGUGGGUCAAUUCUGCAUAUGUAUUCCGAAAAACCUGUCGGCCUGCUUUGUUUCUGUGUUGAAGAGAGAAGGCCGCUAUCAGAUGACGCUACUGUCCUUGGAUACAAAACUUGUGGAGCGUUUUGGGGCUGUGAACUUGGAAGGCAAAAGCUCACACAAUCUCGUUUCUAGUCUAUUACUGGGAAAUCUUUUUACUCUGAUUAAUCCAUCAUUUUGGGGAUUUGUCUAUCAGUUCUGCUGCAAAAGAUUCCAAAGAUGCAUACGCGCUCUAAACCUGCCACUUGUUAUCAGCUGUGCCUUAGGUCUGCUAUAUUUUCUGUUUUGUGUAAUUGAGAUAGCGCUGUGUGUAGUUUACUAUGGGUGCCCCACCAUCUUUCAUCUGAUAAAUCUGAUCAGGGCUUUCUUAAUAUAUUACGCCCCACAUGGUAGUUGUAGAGCUUUGAUAUCCCCCUUCAUCAUCACUUGUCUGCUUGCAAACUAUUACGCGUUUUUUCUUCUGUUUAUUCGUGGAAUAUUUUUCAUAUUGCUUGUAUUUUAUUACACUUAUGCCGGAAUCAUACUUUAUCCAAAUAUCACGUUGGGUUACGUGAUUGGCAUUGGCACGAUGCUGAUUUAUCUUGUCCGAAGCUCACUGAAACUCAGUGACUCCUACAUGGCAAUGUUCUAUGAAAUAGUUAAAAUUAAUCUAGCCUUAGAGAAAGAAACAAAAGAAAAGGGUACAGUCGUUAAAGGCAAGAGUCUCGUUGUAAAAAAUGUAGAUGCGGCAGCGAUCGAAAAUCUUGCAAUUGGCGAGGUAUCGAUUAAUUUCACAAAGGAACAGCGUCAGCUUUUGUCGCUGGCUCCAACUCUCCUUGACACUGACAGGAAAAAAGAGUCCAUGUACAUCCGCUGGCGAGGCGCAAGUCCGGGAAUACCCUCCGAACUCUUUCGUUAUGUCGCUGAAAAGCAUCGGCCGUUAAGACGUUCAGUGUUCGUUUACCUGGUAGAGUUGUCGGCCUUUACCGUCCUGGUCGCAGCCGCUGUUAACCUUAUCGUCUCCUUUAACCAGCUGCACAACUUCACCGUGUCAUCCCAAGUGCUUACGGGAGCCGUUUUAACCGUUUUACCGAAACUAAACGAUAUAUUGACCACAGAGGCUGAACGAGCUGUCAAGCAAGAACUGCUAACAAAUAAACUUAAGAUGACUGUGAAAAAAUUCUACUCGAUAAAAGAAAGAGAAAAUGAAUUUCAGGUGUUCUGAAGAGAUCAGCGCCUACAGAACGAAUUUGUACAAAUACUUGAACAGAAGCAUCUUCAUUUACUUUUCCGUGGCUCAUGCGGUUAGCGCACUAGCGCAGCGUAAUGACCCAGGAGUCUCUCACCAAUGCGGUCGCUCAUGCUGGCUUCCUCUCCGGCCGUACGUGGGAAGGUCUCUCAGCAACCUACGGAUGGUCGUGGGUUUCCCACGGGCUCUGCUUGGUUUCCACC